CAAAGGGAAUCCUAGCCCUUCUUCGCCGCCGCCGGUCCCAGGUCGUCAACGCCGCCGCCGUCCCCAGGUCCUCAGCGCCGCUGCUUCUUCCUCUUCCCCGUGUCCAGAACCCAGUUGCUCGGCAUGUCCUCUUCAUCUUCACUGGCUUCUCGGCAUGCAACCCAGGUUUAGUGUGGUUACUUUAUGCUUGUUUUAUAAUGUUUGUUGCUGGAUGAAGUGUGCUUCACUUGGCAUGCCUUGUAUCUGAUGCUGGAAUGGUGGAGCUGCUCCUACAAUUUAGAGGGAAGAUUGCAACUGCAAAAUUACUUAUUUUAAGGAAAAUUAUCUAGAUGGUUGCUGUUCUACUUGGAGCAAUCACAUUUGGCCUUGGGACUUGGCAGAUUUUUCAGGAGACAAGAUAAGUCGGCCAGAUCCUGUUGAUGCUUCGCCAUGCUCCAUUCCGAAGCUCCCAUGGCCACUUCCAGUGUUCCCCCAUAUGGCUUCUACAUACUCGGCAGAAAUCAAGUGGUGGAAGCAGGCCCAAGAAGAAGGUCUACCACCGGGUUUCUGAUCUCGACAGGGUGAUGGAGCUUCGUAAGAAGCCCUCCCUCAUUCUGGAGCUCUCCUCCAUCAUCCAAUCCCACAAGACCCAGUCCCUCCUCCUCCGGGACCUUGAGAAGAAUGUUGGCUUUGUCCGCAAAUGGGACUUCAUGGCCCUCAUUGAAAGGUACCCGACCAUCUUCCGUGUCUCCGGAUCACCUCCUUCCGUGUCCCUCACCCUUAAGGCCCAGAGUGUUGCCCAGGAGGAAGCCCAAGCCAAGGCCCUGAUGGAGCCCCUCUUGGUUAAUAAUCUUAGGAAGUUGCUGAUGCUGUCUGUUGAUUGCCGGGUACCCCUGCAGACUCUCGAGUUUGUUGGGCCUGAAUUGGGCUUGCCCUGUGAUUUCAGGGAGUCUUUGGUUCCUAAGUACCCUCAUUUUUUUUCAGUGAAGCGUGUUGCUGGGAAGGA